GCUGCCAGGCGAGGGCACGUGGACUGCUUGCGAGCCAUCCUUGCUCAGGGAGGGAACCCGGACAUUUCGAAUGCAAACAGUCUGACGCCGCUGAUUGGAGCGAUUGAAGGAGGCAGCCUUGAAUGUGUGAAGAUCCUGCUGGAUGCUGGCGCGGAUGUGCACUACAAGAUCGAGAGCGGGGACACCGCUAUGUUCAUGGCCGCCUACCAUGGAAUGGCGGAGACGAUCUCGUUGCUUGCGGAAAGAGGAGGAAACGUCAACGAGAAGGAUAUUGAUGGGAGGACGCCCAUCUUUGCGGCUGCUGUGAGUGAC